CCCGCAGACUAGCUGUCAUGGCUUCUAAAUUUAGCGGAGCACUGCAGUUGACCGAUUUAGAUGAUUUUAUCACGCCUUCACAGGAAUGUAUCAAACCAGUGAAAAUUGAGAAGAAGCCCACUAAAACUGGAGCAAUUAAAAUUGGGAUUGAUGGGUCAUAUUUGGAAUUGGGACAGGAUGGCUCAGAGUACAAGCUGGAGAAAGCCAAAAUCACAUUAAAUGACUGUCUAGCUUGCAGUGGUUGCAUCACAUCAGCAGAAAGCGUCCUUAUUACUCAACAGAGCCAAGAUGAAUUAUAUAGAAUACUGGAGGAAAACAAGAAUUUGGAUACGCAGCAAGGUUCAGCUGACAAGAAGAAGACUGUGGUGGUGUCAGUGUGCCCCCAGUCAAGGGCUUCAUUGGCAGCCAAAUAUAAAAUAGGAAUUGUGGAAGCUGCACAGAGGAUAAAUGGGUUUUUCAAAAGAUUAGGUGUAGAUUUAGUUUUUGACACCAGCUUCUCAAGGGAGUUCAGCCUGAUUGAAAGUGGUAAAGAAUUCAUAAGGAGAUACAAAGCUAGAGACACACAAAAAAGUGCAAUACCAAUGCUUGCAUCAGCUUGUCCAGGGUGGAUCUGCUAUGCUGAGAAAACACAUGGAUCUUAUAUUCUCCCAUAUAUUAGUACAACCAAAUCCCCACAACAGAUUAUGGGUUCCCUUGUAAAAGACUAUUUAGCUAAACGCCAUGGUAAAACUCCAGAUCAAAUCUACCAUGUAACUGUCAUGCCAUGUUAUGAUAAAAAGCUAGAAGCAUCCAGGCAAGACUUUUAUAAUGAUGUAUACAGGACUAGAGACGUAGACUGUGUUAUAAGUACAGGUGAAGUGGACAAAAUGUUAGAUGUGGAAGGAAUAUCCCUGGUUGAUGUAGAGCCUUGCAAAGAACCCUGUGAUUCCCUCUUCUCACCCCAGUCUAACGAACUUUAUGGUCAUCCUGGUGGGGGGUCUGGAGGAUAUCUAGAACAUGUUUAUAAAUAUGCUGCCCAGGAGUUGUUUGGAACACAUAUAGGUCAUCUGUCAUACAAAACCUUGAGGAACCAGGAUUUCAAGGAAGUGACACUGGAAGUGGAUGGAAAAGAAGAACUCAAGUUUGCCUUGGCUUAUGGGUUCAGAAAUAUUCAAAAUAUUGUCCAGAAAAUCAAAAGGGGGAAAUGUCAGUAUCACUUUGUGGAGAUAAUGGCAUGUCCAUCUGGAUGCCUCAAUGGUGGUGGGCAGCUUCGGCCUGAUGAUGGAGAAUCCUCUAAAGAACUGCUGCAGAGAGUAGAUGAGCUUUACAAUUCUUUAGAAACUAGGACUCCUUUUCAAAGUAAUGAUAUACAUCAGCUGUAUGAAGACUGGCUAGGAGGCAGUGACACAGAAAAAGCUCAACACAUGCUUCAUACACAGUACCAUGAAGUAGAGAAAAUGACAAGUGCUCUAAAUCUGAAGUGGUAAAUUAGGAUAUUAAGGCAAAUUUAAACUUUAAAAAAAAUCGGUAUUAAACUAGGUUUUUUAUGGCCAAAUUUUGCACAGGACACAAAUCUGUUGGAAUGAGGUCAUGAAGUUGAGACAUCCAAUACCACAUGGAUCUGAUUAUACAAUUGAUCAUUCUAAAUUCUACCUUAUAGACUACAUCCAUAAUCAAUGUCUUCUCCCCACCAAUCUGGUUUCUCAAUGUAUUGAGUUGUUUAAUAUUGCACUCUAAUUUGUCAGUAGAUAUCUUCAAACAUGAUUGAUCAUCUUAUGUGAUAAGCUACUUUUUUUGGGAUAAGCUACUCUUUGCAGUUAAAGUCAGAGUGAUACCCAGCUUCUAGUGCCCGAUCCUUUAAACAAGGGAUGGGCCAGUGGGAUUGUUUCGUGGUGAGGGAUUUAACGUCUGCCGUCACUAAACAGAUUUAUGGCCCAUUGUGUACUUGCUUGAGUUUUGUUUGGUAUUCUGGCUGCCAAAUUCUGAGAAAAUUCAGAACUAGUCAAUGGCUUCUCAAACCUCUCUGGCUGCUCAUCUGAAAUGUCAACUUUAAAGAGAGUUUGUGUUGGAAUUUCCAUCAGUUGAGUAAGAGAGACGUUGUUUUCCAUUGUUACUUCUGCGUUGUUACCUACUGCAUGACAGAGGCGCAAUAGGUGUGACCGUGUGUUACCCAACUCGCUUCGGGUGCCCCAUUGCGACAAAGUGACAACCUUUCAGUUUAAUUAGUCAGUACCAGGGUUAAUGAACCGUGCUUUAAGCCAGAUAAAGCACUGGACGCUGAGCUUCAUGCAAAAUAGAGCAGAUAAUUGUCUAGGCUUCGCCUCGCCAAUUAUCUGCUCUAUUUUGCGUAAAGCUCAGCACCUCAUACUUUAUCUAUACCAGAAUAUGCUACUCUUAUUUCUCCUAAUGUAAAUUUCAAGGUUCAGGGCCUGUACAAGGUAACUUUAGGUUCACAAAUAUCCUCUUUGUUGGUUGUAAGCCCAUAAGGCAACUUUGUGUUCACAAAACUGCAAUAGUGGUUAAUUAUCCUGAUUAUCCUGGAUAUUGGUUUGUGACCUUGACAGGCAAUUAGGGCUUGGCAUUUGUGGCACGCUUGAACAGUACUUGAUUCAACACACCUGGGUCUUUUAUUAUUGACAACUAUUUAUUCUUCAUCAGGGUUCUUGUUCAAGACUACGGACUGACAUCUACUAAAAUAAUCCCUGUGGCUUCAUUCAUUCACGUCCCCACAAUUCAUGGUAUUCUGCUGGGCCCUUAGGCCCCAACGCAUUGUUGAAUUAACUGGAUCUAGCUCUCUUAAAAUAAACCUUACAUGAUGCCUUUGGAACGUAAAUGCCCCAUCAUCAUGGUUACCCCACAGUGAGGAUGAUCAUGAUAAAUCUGCAUCAUAACGUCCAUCAAAUGUUCAUCACUUAUCCCUGAAUAACAUUCAAGUUCAAUCCCACUCUGCUGCAAUUUUCUCCAUAAAGAAAUAAUGCACAAGUUUCUUUUGUCCCUCCAAACUGUAACUGUCAGAUUACCCUUCUGCUUUGUGACAUAGUUCCCAUUUUUUUAAACAUUCCUUAUUUCCUUCCUGCUCCACUCUCUGUAAAUUGCUUCUUUGCAAUCUCUUCCUCCACGUUAAUGGCAUGUGUCCUCUUUCUCUUGUAAUUGUCAAAGCAUCUGUUGGCGAAGGAUCUUGGCUGUUCAAACAUUUUCUCACUGCUCUUUACAGUUGAUAAGGAUGGGAAAAACUCUCUUAUAGCAGCGGAGAUGAACCCUUCGUUUAAUCCAGCCACCCUUUCUUCUUGGCCCAAUGCAAACCUCUUGUUUUGAUGUUUUAACGAUACGCUAGAUCUGUAUUCUGUCAUCCAGUCAUCAAUCCACUUCUUAGAGCAAACAAAAUAAACAUUGGGAUUGCCAGUGGCCUCCUUCCAUCUGCUAAAGAGUUCCAGACAUUUCAAUUUGAAGAUCUUGCGCAAAAACGACUGAGACGGUAACGAAACUGUGGCCAGUGAUACAAACAACGGGUAAAAAUAUAUAAUUAUAUUCUCAGCAACAUGGUUUUUGUGGAAUUGAACGAAUUACAAAAAUAAAGACCUCCAAGACGGAUUGUUUGAGUCAUCCAUGAAAACGCUCUUCUUACCGGGAGUAGUAAUUUGUGUCACUCAAGACAAGUCAUUCCAUGUGCUUUAAAGAACAUCUUUCCUCUGUUAAAAUUUUUAAACAAUUUUGUACUAUCCGAUAGUACCCAGCCAAAAAUAAAUAAAUCGCAAAUGUGGC